AAGUACAGGGUGAUGCACCUCUGUAGGGGAGUUUGUCUCAGUAUCUUUGUUUAAUACACCAAAGGUGUGUAUGUCUGAGUGUUUAUUCAGAGAUUCAGUGCUUUUCCUUUAGUUCACAUGUCUGUGUGUUAGUGGGUGAUGAGCAUAAGGACAAGAAUGAAGCCUCAGAUUGAAGCUAUACCACUGCUGCUCCUACUCAUCCAAAAUGCACACUUGCUCCCCUCAGACCAUUCUGCAGCCGGGGCGGUGAGGAGUAAGCCAGAAGAAGCCACAAUAUCUGGCUCACAUUCUCAGACCCACACCGACAGAUACCUUGGCCCAGAGGAUUGUCUCAAACAGCAGUACACACAACUGUCGUGUGCAAAGGUCUCCUGUCCGCUGGGGCAUCGCUGCUCAGAGGGUGAUGCAAUGUGCACAUGUGACCCUAAGCCAGAUGAGUGCUACUCUAAGGAGAAAGUGUGCACCCGUAAUGGGAAGGAGUACAAUACCCGAUGCCACGCCGUGGCAGAGACCUGCAAGGACAUUAAUAAAGCUCCGGUCUUCUCUCAUCAAGGAACCAAUUGCAGUUCUGACAAUACCUUUGAAGACAUCCUGACUGUAAAAGAUGUGAUUGAGGUGCAGCUGCCCAAAGAUUCAACAAAAGCACUGGUGUGUCAGCAGGGAUGGAAUAUUGCUGCUGCCCAUGUUGCAUGUCAUGAAACGUCCCGCAGAUUGGCAAAGACUGCAACCAAUAUGAAAUACUCUGAUGUUCCAAGACAGAACAUCAAUCUGCCAGAUGUGUGUGUUCCUAUCUUCUGUAAAGGACAUGAGUACUCUCUGGCUGAGUGUCAAAUUGGCAGUCCAGUCAAACUUAAUGAUAAAAGUCACAUUGCAGUGGCCGACUGUUACAGUGUCCGUGAUAAUCCAAGUCCAGGUAAAAAAUGUGACAAAGGUAUGUUCCAGUGUGCAAAUGGAAAGUGUGUGCAACAUAAGAAAACAUGUGAUGGAAUCAACAACUGUGGAGAUGGCAGUGAUGAGAUGUGCUGCAAAGAAUGUCGUAAUGAUAAGGCAUUCCACUGCAAGUCCAAUGUGUGCAUCGCUCAGCGUGCUCGUAAUGACGGAGUCCCGGACUGUCUGGAUGGAGAUGAUGAGGAUUCUAAAGCCACUGUUGAGCCGAGACCUUCCCAAGCACCUGUACCUGAACCCACUACCCCCCCAGCUCCAGCUCCGACAACCCCCCAGGCCCCUACCAGCACCACCCCAGUCCCCACCACUAAGCCCAUCCUCACGGAUGACUACCUGGGCCCUGAGGGGUGCCUGAAGCACAAGUUCAUUCAGCCGUCGUGUGUGAAGGCGUUCUGCCCGCCCUGGAUGCGCUGCGUGGAUGAUGUGUGCGUGUGCAAGCUGCCCUACAUGUGCCUGCGCCUCGGGCCGCCCGCCUGUGGCCAUGACGGCAGGAGGUACCUCACCCACUGCCAGGCCAUGGCCUCCAGCUGCCGCAUGAACAGGAAGGUCUUCUCCCACUUUGGCAGCCAGUGCAGUGUUACCAAUGUCUUUAGCACCUUUGUGAAGACAGAUAAGGAGGUGAUUGAGGUGAAGCUGCCUAACAUCUCCAGGAAUGCCCUGGUGUGUGCUGAGGAUUGGAACAUGGCUGCUGCCAAUGUGGUGUGUCGUGACCAGAGCUCUGGGAAAGCAGGAGGUGCUGGCAGCGUGAUGUUCUCCGAGGUCCAGAGAGAGGACCCUGGUCUGCCUGGUGUGUGUGUGAGGGUGCAGUGCACAGGGCACGAGUACUCACUGGCCGAGUGCAACAUCUAUGGGGAUAUGAGACCACUCACUUCCACAGACAGUGUUGCAACGGUCCACUGUGCAACAGAAGAUGCAGAUGAUAGGCCUGCAGAAUGUGAAUUCUCAUGUGCAAACAGCCAGUGUGUCAAACUCAAUGACACAUGCGAUGGAGUCAAUCAUUGUGGAGACGGAAGCGACGAGAUGUGCUGUAAAGCUUGCCGUCGUGGUGCGUUCCACUGCCAGUCCAACGUGUGUAUCCCUCCUCACGCUAUUGGAGAUGGAAUCAGGGACUGUCUCGGGGGAGAUGAUGAGGCUGUAGAGAAGACAGACUUUUUGCCCAGAAAAGAUCCUCCCCCAAAACCAGUUGUCAUCUCUGACCCUAAACAAGAGAUAAAGCGCCAGCGGGCCUCUCUGGAGGUGUUACAGUGCGGCGUUCCCAACAUGGACUACGUCCCGCCGGUCACUGACUACGGCCGUGGUAGCAGGAGGAGGAAGAGAGUUGUGGGAGGGCAGGAGACUACGCCGACGCAGAUCCAGUGGCAGGUGGCCAUUCAGGAGGACGGGAAGGUCAACUGUGGGGGGGCGUACCUGGGGGGCUGCUGGGUGCUGACCGCCGCUCACUGUGUGAGAGCCAAGCCUGAAUCGUUCCGUGUGAUGUUUUCCCUAUGGAUGAAGAGGUCCAUUAUCGACACCACAGACAUCGCCUUUGUCAAGAAAGUACACAUCCACUACGGCUACAACGCCAAGACCUAUGAGAAUGACAUCGCCCUGCUGGAGCUUAAAGUGCUGGGUGGCAGUGACCAGUGCCUGCAUGAGAACCCUGCCAUCCGGGCCGUCUGUGUGCCCUGGUCCAUCCAGCAGUUCCAGCCGGGACACAACUGCACCAUCUCCGGAUGGGGGAGGGACAGAGAGGGUGUGGCCCAGAACAAGCUGCUGUGGGCUAGUGUGGCACUGAUCGAAAACUGCCAUGCGCAUUAUCCAGGCCGCUUCCGUCCAGGAAUGAUGUGUGCAGGUGAUGUGGAGGGCAGUGUGGACUCCUGCCAAGGGGACUCCGGGGGCCCUCUAGUGUGUCAGGACCCCAGCGGCAUGUCGUACGUGUGGGGCGUGGUGAGCUGGGGGGAGAAGUGUGGCCAAAAGGGCUACCCCGGAGUCUACAACCAGGUGGCGCACUACUAUGACUGGAUCCGUGUCACCACCGAAAAAUACAUCACCAAGUACAACAACUGAGUCAGGGCUGACCCAAGGGGUCAGAAUUUGGACAGUUGGCUUCAGAUAGUUAGGAUUAUGGUUGGCUGCCACCGUCUUUGAAAAUGGCUCACUUCUGGCCACAUUUUAUUUUCAUAAAAUAAUGGCAAUUUGCUGCCAUAUUACUGGUGGACGGAAGAGUAUGUUUCCUAUGUGGGUGGGCAGUUUCCAAGCUGGGAGGAUCAGCCAAUCCACAUGAAUUGCAUCAUUGGUGGGGGCGGUGUCAUAAUUUGUAACGUUGCGCCUAAUUGGCUUGUUUGUGAAAAUGUGGCUGUAAGUGAGCACGUCAGGUCAGAUGCCAUUUUACAGUAAGAAUGAUGGCAGUCUGCAGUAACUGAAUUCACACCCAAUGGUGUUGAAUAAUUGUUUCUCAUUUUGUGUUGUGAACCUUGCCUUGGGACAUAAUAAACUCCAUGUUUUAGGAUAUUA